UUAACUAGUGUAAUUAGUUCUGGAUACGCUUUGAAUCACUAAGACACAUAAAGUCCGCGGCAAACCGGUUAAUUCACGUGUUUUCAUAGUUUCUUACUUUUUUGCCUCCGUUUUUAUUUCACAAACGAUCUGGCGACACAGCGAUAGUAAAGCAAGCUACGUUUUUAUCCAGAGGGUGUCCGAUUUCCCCUCCACCAGAGGCAUUGCAAUGCCCUCUGAUUUCAUAUCCCUGCUCAGCGCUGAUUUUGACGUUAAUUCGCCCAAAUCGCUCUAUUCUAAAGAUCAGAAUGUGCUUGUUUCUGACGGACCUGGUGGAACAAAUGAGUCUGUCUAUGACCUUCUCCCCAAAGAGCUGCAGCUGCCGUCCUCCACAGAGAGCAACACUGCAGCCAUGAGCCAGAAGAGUGGCGGAGAGGCCGGGCCCCCGCCCCUAGCGGCCCUCGCUUCGGAUGCCACCUCCACGUCCUCUUCCAUGUCCGCGGGGGGUCCCAGCAGUGCUCUUCCUGCCUCUUCCAGCCCCACCGCACAGCCCUGCACCUCUGUCACUGACCAGUCCGUUCACAGCGGCUGCUCUCCUGGAGAGGGGGUAAGUAGCCUCGCGGCGGCGGACGUCCUCGGCGAAGAUGGAAGGCUGUCGGGAGCCGGCGGCGGCGGUCGCCAGGCCGACGGCGGCGGGGGCGGAGCCGGAUGCGGGGCGCAGCACCUGCAGACCACGCCCACCAAGCGGCGGACGGUGCUGAACAUCUCGCCGCCGCCCGAGGACCUGCUGGACGACAGCCGCAUGUCGUGCCAGGACGAGCCGGCCCAGGACUCGGAGCACAGCGGCAGCCUGUGGAUGGACGACUCGGCCUCCAGCUUCAGCCUGCUGAGCUGCGGCUCCUACAACGACAACAGCGCGCUGCCCCGCAAGUCCCGCAAGCGUGGCCCGCGCCAGCGCCCCGGGCCCCGGCCCGUCUCCGCCCAGGAGGUCAGCAUGGACGUGUUCGACGCCGACAGCGCCCAGGCGCCCCACUUCGUCCUGUCCCAGCUGGGCCCCGACGGCAAGGCCUGCCCCAAAGGAAGCUCGACGGACAGCUCACAGCUGGGCGGUCAGAAAGGCGGGGUGCUGGCGGGGCAGUACCCGGUGAAGGGCGAGGGGAAGGAGCUGAAGAUCCUGGUGCAGCCUGAGACCCAACACCGCGCCCGCUACCUGACCGAGGGCAGCCGUGGCUCCGUCAAAGACCGCACCCAGCAGGGCUUCCCCACCGUCAAGCUGGAGGGCCUGAACGAGCCUGUGGUGCUGCAGGUGUUUGUGGGUAACGAUGCGGGGCGCGUGAAGCCUCACGGCUUCUACCAGGCCUGCCGCGUGACUGGCCGCAACACCACGGCCUGCAAGGAGGUGGACAUCGAGGGCACCACGGUCAUUGAGGUGUGCCUGGACCCCAGCACCAACAUGAGCCUCGCGGUCGACUGCGUGGGGAUCUUGAAGCUGCGGAACGCUGACGUGGAGGCCCGCAUCGGGGUGGCGGGUUCCAAGAAGAAGAGCACGCGGGCCAGGCUGGUGUUCCGGGUCAACAUCCCUCGCCCUGACGGGUCCAUCCUCACCCUCCAGACCCCGUCAUCCCCCAUCCUCUGCACCCAGCCUGCGGGUGUGCCCGAGAUCCUGAAGAAGAGUCUCCACAGCUGCUCUGUGAAGGGAGGAGAGGAGGUUUUCCUGAUCGGGAAGAAUUUCCUCAAGGGAACCAAAGUCCUAUUUCAGGAAAAUGUGUCGGAUGAGGAGUCUUGGAAGGCUCAGGCUGAGAUUGAUAUGGAACUGUUUCAUCAGAAUCAUUUGGUUGUGAAAGUCCCUCCAUAUCAGAACUUGGCGAUCUCCUCCCCUGUGUCAGUGGGGAUUUAUGUGGUGACCAAUGCUGGGAGAUCUCACGAUGUGCAACCCUUCACCUACACUCCAGAGCCAGAAAAUAUGGUGGAUGUGUCCGUCAAAGAAGAGUCCCCAGCCCCUGCAAAGCCCUGCCCGUUUGAAGAGCAGAUAGCAGUAAUACAGAGUGGUAGCUGCUUGGACAGUGCCUUGAUGCAUCCCAUGAUGCCCCUGGUCAAGAGGGAAGAGGUCACUCCCAUGGAGCUAUCCAGCGCCUCCUCGGCACCCAGUGUCUUCAAGCCGACAUCGGACACCGUCGGGUCGCCCCAGCAGUCAGUGGAAAUGAGCCCCAGCAUUCCGGCCAACGGCAGCAGCCCCUACCCCAGCCCCUACCCCAGCCCCCUGCCCCGGCCGCCCGGGGGACCAGAGCCGCCGCAGGCCUACGGCAGCGCCGCGCCGCUGGGCGCCCUCCAGAAGCAGGACCUGGUGGGCGGAGGGCCCUUCGCUGCGGGCAGGGAUGCCCUGCUGCAGCAGCAGCAGCCGUUCCUCCUGGACGGCGGGGAGGGCCUGGCCGUGGAGCAGCCGCCCCCGCAGAAGCAGCCGCUGCCCCUGUUCCCCCAGGACGGCGGGGCCCAGCUGGAGAGGGCCGUGCGGCAGCUGCAGGCGGGCGGGUUCGGGCCGCAGCUGAGCUCGGUGCUGUUCAGCGACCGGGCGCGGCAGCAGCAGGAGCGUCCGGCCGAGGGCUCCGUCGCCGAGCAGCAGCAGCAGCUCCAGUCCGAGCUCUACCAGUGCGGCCUCUUCCAGGGAGCGCCCCGCAGCGGCACCCCCGAGCAGCAGGGCUCGCCCCAGGCCAUGGUGCAGAACCACGCCGCCCUCUUCCACAGCCGCCCGCAGCAGCAGCAGCAGCAGCAGCAGGCCGCUCUGUUCCAGCAGGCAGGGGAGCUCCUCUCCAUCCAGACCUCCACCUUCCUCCAGCAGGCCCCCUCCCACCCCUCUCCGCCCCAGCAGCUGUUCCACACCCCCAGCCCUUUGGGCGAGGUGCAGGACCCGCAGGGGGCGCUGUUCCAGACCACGCUGACCAUGCUGACCGGCUCCAGCCUGUCGUCCCCGGACCAGCAGCCGGCCGGCCCCGCCCUGUUCCUGCCUGACUCCCAGCAGGCCGUGCCCCAGCCCCCGCAGGCCGUGUUUCAGGGCCUGUCCCCCCACACCCCCGCCAGCACCCUCCCACCCGCCCCCCAGCAGCAGGCCGGGCUGCUGUACUGCGGCAGCGGCCAUGGGGCCCGCGAGCAGCCGGGGGGCCUGCUCUUCAGCCAGGGCCAGGGGACCCCCCCUCCGCAGGAGACCCACAGCGCCCCCCUCCUGUUCUCCCAGGCCGGCGUGAUGCAGGCCGCGGAGCCCAUGUCCUUCCAGGACCAGAGCUCCGAGACGGGGGCCCAGCAGGGGAGAGACGGCCCCCGGCAGGGCCUGUUCCAGGACCAGCAGCCCAUGCAGGUGGGCCCCGGCCCCGAGCAGCCCGUGGCCCUCUUCAUGCCUCAGACGGCCAUCUUCGCGGCACCGAAUGGCGUGGCGGGGCUGCGGACGUCCAGCUCCUCCCCCGUACAGCCACAGCCCAGCUCACUCUUCCAGACCGCCGUGAGCGGGGCCCUGACCCAGCCCGGGCAGACCCAGCAAACCGGCCUCUUCCUCUUUGGCAUCCAAAAUGAGUGCGGCCAGCUGAUAAACUCCGCCGGCCCCACGCUGUGUGACCAGCUCAUCGCCAUCAGCCAGUCGGGCCAGCGCCAGGGCCAGGGCCAGCGCCACAGCGACGCUCAGAUCCAGGCCCUGCUGGGCCAGUCCAUGUGCGAGUCCGGCACCGCGCCCAACAGCCUGAACACCUCGCAGAACAUGGAGAAGAUCGACGACCUGCUGGUCAGCCUGCAGGAGCAGAGCGACAGCCUCUCACGAUCCUACUGAGGGACUUGACCGGAUUCUUGCUCACAGCGGGCAGUGGUCUUGCUGGGUGCGGAGGAACACAGUGGUGUCCCAGCCAACCCGAAGCCCCAUCGGGGACUCCAGAACCCUCUGUUCAGUUUAAUGUCACAUCACUGCCCCCUAUCUGCCAGCACUGGGGCGGGCCUGGCAUGGAAGCCCCGAGGUUUUCAGUUUAGGCAUGUGACAUGGCAUUAUGGUGCAGUCUUCUCUGGUUUGGCCUCAGCAGGGAAUGAAGUCCAGUGUUUGGUGAAAAAUCCGUUUCAGUCUAGAAAGCAUUUCUCAGCCACACAGGCUGUCAGUGAGCACACCGACGUCCUGACAUUGUAUGGCAGUGCACAGUAUCAACUGGACUGGACUGUGAAGCAUAGUUCAUCUGUCUCUUUCUUUUUUUCUUUUUUCUUUUUUUAAAAACAACACUAAAUGUAAACAAAACCUGUAGAAAUGGAGAAAAGUGAACCUUUGUGAGAAUGUUUUUGACCUUCGGCACUUUAUAAAGCUCUUCUUUGUGACCAGUUGCUCCUUAUAUGGACGUAUGGCUCUCCAUGGUCCCAGAAGUUGUAUGUGAAUUUGAAGAGACCGAUUGUAAGGCUAUUGUUAUAUAUGUGCUGUAUAUAGUUCUAUUUUCUUGAGCAUAUUUUUGAGUCAUGGCUAAAAUUUGAUAUGGAGUCCAUUUCACUGAACACACUCCUUGUCCCACCUGACUAUCUCUUCCCUGUACCCAAGAGCAGAUAUUUCUCCCCUUCUGCAGUUGGCACCUGUUACAUAACAGUUUGCAGGGUUUCCCCUUCUUGAAAAUAUGUUCAUUUUUGGAAAGUCAUGGAAAUUAUUGAAAUAUUCCUCUGACCAAAGGAAGAAACCAUUGCAAGUGACAUUCUGUACCAUCUUUCUUGCUAACACACUCGCUCCAAGGCAUAUUGCAUACAGCAUCUGUGUGCUCAUAAUGCUAACAAAUAGGGUAGCUAACUGGUUUGUAGAUUAAUUACUCUCGCAUUAAGUACCCUCGUGCUAAUGUAAAUUAAUUGGCUUAAAAAUGUGUGUCUACCUCUCAAAAGUAGCUCAAUAACUAUGAAGUAGCCCAGUCAAUUGCAAUGGAAAUGGAUCUGGGGAAAAUUUGCCGUUGUGAAGUCAUGGGAAAUGUAAAUGAUACUUCAGUGGGAAGCCUGAUUUUAGGUCAUUCACAAAAAAAUAUUCAGCAUUACUCGUUUUGAAUGUAUGUCUCUGUGUGUGAACAUACCACAGCAUAAUGAUAACAAUUUGUGUAACAAUAGAGACACAACCAGUUCUAAUGUGAUAAUUUAAGACGUUAUUUGUACUGUUAAGUACAAUUGUAUAUUCGUUUUUUUUUUUUUUUUUUUUCUAUCUUGUGCUAGUUGAUGUGAUAUUUUCUAAGCGUCUGGCACGUGGUUGAUGGCCAUGGGGGAAGUGGAGAGCCCUAGUGUUCUGCUCUUUUGUGUCAGUUAUUUGUAAUCUUUAUUUUCAGUCUGUAUCUAACCAUAAAACACGGAUCUCCACGGACAGGUGGAGGCUUAUUGUACGUCAUUGACGGCAACAUUACCAUUUGCAUAUAUAGACCGUAUUGUCCAACAGUGACCAUAAUGUUUGUAUACCGAUGUCUGUGUAGAUCUUGGAUCUCUGCGCUGGCUCUCUAUGGUUGAUCUAGGAGGCUUGGGGCGGCUCACUUUAACGCUUGUGUUGCAGGUAUGAACACAUCAAGGCCUGUCAGAAAGCCGCCGAACGGGUCUUUUGUUUAACAUACUCUGGCAGUACACGUUCGGGACCGUCUGUAACUGGCUGGAACAAGGCCAGGUCUUUCCUCAUAGAUUCUUUCUUUUUUUGGAGAUUCAGCACCCAAGUGCAUCUCAAGAAAUGAUUACUGGCAUUUUAAUCAUUUUAGGUCAUCAUCAUCACCCUUAUCAGUUUAACAGUGGUGUGCAGAGCCAGCUGUGUUAUACUUGGUGUUUUAAAGGGAGUCACUGCUGGAACUGUUGGGUGUGACUGACAGAGUCAUAAACGCUGUGCAGUCGUUUAGGGCCACAACUAUCUCUGGGCCACAAAACUGUAUGCUGGGGCACUUCGGGGCCACAGCAACACGCUUGUUUUGCGCCACCAAAAUCCCAGGGCCGGUUCUGGCGAUUAGCACUCUGCACUUGUCGGCCAACACUGAUUUUAAUGUGAAAUUGUAACAUUUUUGUCUGUGUGUUGUCCCUGUUCUGACCACAUUUUUAACAAUCGUCUCGGUAUACAAUAAGUUUAUCUAUAAACUUAUGUUCCUCCCCUGUGCAAGCCCUGUUAGCGGUGGUGUCAUGAUAAAAUCUUUUUUUCUUAAUUAUACCCUCUACGGUGUACUGUGAUGUAAAGAUGCAGAUGUUGUUACAUUAGAUCCAUUAUAAUGUAUAAGAUAUAUUCAUUCCCAGCUGAGCUGUAACAGCAGUUGGAUAUUCAGUGUUUCUGACCCCUUUACAGUCAGCACUAGAUCUUCAGGAACUGCUUGUAGACUGAGCACAGGAUGCUAGUUCAGGCAAUGCCAAACAUGAAGCCAUACACACAGGUAGAAUAUAAUUCAUAAAAUACAGAUUUCUGAGAAUUUAAACACAAUGUGUAUACAUUACCUCAUUACCUUGUGUAGGUUGUGCGCACAGCUGCUGCAUCUGCCCAAUUCCGGACCAAUUUAAGUUUUAUAUAAAAACAGAAUUUGGAUGACUUGUAUGUGUUAAUACACAAAGUUUAUUAACUUUAACUCACGCACAGUGAGUUACAAUUUUAUUGUUUGGUAAGCAAGUUGUUUGAGGGGCCAAUUAAAUGCUUUUGUUUUCAUAUUUUGAAGAGGGUAAAUUCUUUUUUAUUUAAUUUUUAUUUAUUUAACGGAAUUAAACCUGAGAGGGAAAUUGCAUGUUUGCACUGUUACAGCCUCACACGGGCCGUGCAACUUGUUAUAUGAGCCAGAUUAACCAAGUAUAAUACAACUUGUGUUGGAAAGUGGUGUAAGAAUAUUCCGCGGGUACCCAUCAAUAUCUUUUUUUCAUGGAGAAAGAAAAUGUGCCUUGACAAAACUUGCAUUUAGAACAGAGACCAUAUUUCUGUAUAUAGCUGCCUGUUAAUGUUCACAAAUGGUACAGCUGUCAGUAAAUGUUGUCUUUUGUUAAUGACUGUCAUACCAUCACACUUUUGUAUUGCAUUAGGUUCUCUUCUAAAUAACCCAAAAACAGUGACUAGGUGAGUGUAGUUUCCUGCAUUUCUGUUAAAAUCAAAACCAUCCAUUGCAUUUAUGUUGUGAAACUUAAGUGCAAUUGAAGUCUUGUCCAACUGCUAUGCAGCUUGACUCAGUAUAACUGUAAAUCUUUUACCUUUAUCUUUUCUAAAAAUAAAUUAUAUUUAACCUCUUGUGAUUUUAUUCCUGAUGAGGGAAAGGGGAAAAUGGUAACUCAUUAUUAUAAUUAUUUAUGUAACUUAAAAAUAUAUAUUUUUUUCUUUUAUGAGGCACCAGAGAGAUUAUCUGCAAAGUGUUCAUGUGAAAGGACUUUGUUGACAUCAUCAAGAUUAUAUAUUUUACAGAAAUUUUAAACAUGGGUGUCACCAGCUUUUCUUUCCUUUUUUAUGUAUUAUGAGUUAGACAGUCUGCACAAACAUUCCCAAUGUGUUUUUUGCUGUCUGACAAUCUGUGUGAAACCUUGCUUUGAAACUAAAUGGGUAUUUCCUUGGCUUUGUGUUGGCAUAUAGCACUGACAUGGGUUGGGUCUAGUUUGUCUGUGUUUUUAGCUACUAUGUGAACAAAUUUUUAAUAUUUGAGUUUACAGUAUAAAUAUAUUCAGUAUGUUUUUUUGCUUAUGUCAGAACAUUUAUAUACCUGUAAUUAUGUUUCAACAGUAUAUCAAUAAAAAUAGAUUCUAACUUUCA